AUGGAGGAGUCUGGUCGAAUUCACGUUACUAUGACCGCUGGGGAGUAUGAACUCUUUAAGGAGGCCAAAAGAUUGGCAGCCUCGGAGAGACAGGCAACUGUCUCGCGACCACGAAAAGCCCCUGCUGAGGUUUCCAAGGAACCCCUCCCUAUUUCAGAUCGGGGUUCCAAAAGAAAGCAGCCUGAGGUAUUUCAUCAACAUCCUUAUCGCGAGCCGGGUAUAGGAUAUUAUCAGCCAGAGCCCCAAGCACAAAGCCUCAAGAAGGAGCAGACUCAAGCAUCUGUGGCUGAGAGUUCACAGCCACGGGAUUCGAAGAAAGGAAAGGCCCUUGUUAUACCUGAGGCAUUCCCCGAAGAUCCAGACGAGAAAGUACCUUUUUCAGUUAGGAUUCUAAAUGAAAGACUGCCUAAGGGUUAUAGAGCUCCAUCGAUCGGAGAAUAUGAUGGGAGUAAGGAUCCGGAAGAUCAUUUGCGAAAAUUCAAAAACGCAGCCCUGCUGCACCAAUAUAGCGAUGCUGUUAAAUGCAGAGCUUUCCUGAAUACUUUAUCUGGUUCAGCAUUAAAGUGGUUCGAUGGGUUGCCUCAAGGGUCCAUCACCUGUUUUCUAGACUUCAAAACGGCUUUUCUGCGCCGAUUUUCCAGCAAUAAGAAAUAUCAGAAGACAGAUCAUUGCCUUUUUACUCUAAAGCAGGGGUUGAUUGAGCCCUUGAGAAGUUAUAUCAACCGCUUUAAUCAAGUGGCUCAAGAUGUCCCUACUGCCACUUCGGAGAUUCUGAUGAGCGCUUUCUCUCAUGGAUUGGGAGAGGGAGAGUGGAAGAAGCACAAGCAGCUCGAAGGAAGGCCGAAAGACCACUUCCUUCCAAUAACAAGCAAGAGAGAAGAGUGCCUCAACCACCCCCUCAACCUCUACCGCGAGUCCGGGAAGCCAGACCUGCCUUUCAUCCCGGGCCAGAAAUUCGACCUGCUCCUCGAGUUGCUGCUGUACACAUCCCCCGACCAGGGCCAGGGAUUUGCUCGAGACUCUAAACGAGCCGCAGAGAUGGGUUUGCCCCCGCCUGAGCUAGCGCCUCAGUUGAUCAAGAUGAUGGAAGAACAAAGGAUGGCAGGGCAGGCCGGAUCAUCUCGUCCUGACCUAGCGAGACCUAGCACUCAUCAGCCUGGCAGGGGAAAAGAGCCGGAAGGAUCACGAGAGGUCGAAAACAGAGCUAACGCAACUGUUAGAGAGAUCGGCAUGAUCUCUGGAGGGCCAACCGACGGAGAUUCAGGGAGAGCACAUAAGUCUCAUGUUCGGCGAUUGGAGGUUCAUGCUGUCGGAUGCAGUCAGGAGCAAGCUGCUGGCCCUGUUCUUAGCUUCGGGCCUGCAGACCUGGAGGGUCUGGAGUUGCCUCAUGAUGCGCUCAUCAUCAAAGCCAUUAUUGCCAAUAGUCGAGUGGCUCGGGUUUUUGUCGAUACCGGGAGCUCGGUUAACAUUCUAUUCAGGACUGCAUUUGAAGAAAUGCAGAUUGAUGCUGCUGAACUUCAGCCAGUGGCUACAUCUCUAUAUGGGUUUACCGGCAAUGAAGUGAAGCCUAUGGGCCAGAUUAAGCUGGCAAUAUCUUUGGGCACCGAGCCACUGGUGCGCACAAGGAGGAGCACAUUUAUAGUAGUAGACUCCUCUUCUUCUUACAAUGUUAUUCUAGGGAGGCCUGCCCUGCACGAAUUUAUGGCUGCCGUCUCAACCUUUCACCAAAAAAUCAAGUUUCCUAUGGGCGAGCAGGUCGGGGAAGUUAGAGGAGAAUAG